GAGCAGCUCGCUUUGUGCUUGUGUCCCGCGUCUUGUCGUCUUCAUUUCGAAGGUAAGGCGAUCGGUGUCAGCUGAUAUUAAAGUGCCGGUUUUUCACCUCCGUUGGCGUGCCGCUCUCAAAUGCUCGUACAGAGCUCCUGCAAGGGCCGCUACAGAAAUCCAGCAUUGUGCGCACGUCCUCGCGGCUGACGAUUGAGUGCUGCACUCUUCCUUCCCAGACUGUCUCUCGUGCCCUCUGCUCAGCUCAGCCCAUUCUUCACACUCUUACCAUGUGCGACAAGGUGGCCUCCUUCGGAAAGCAGCUCCUGCGACGUCGCGUGCUCGACUACUCGCAGCAGGAGACGCGCUUCGCCCGCUGCCUGUCCACGCUGGACCUCGUAGCCCUGGGGGUGGGCUCCACGCUGGGAGCGGGGGUCUACGUGCUGGCCGGCGAGGUGGCGCGGGAGAAGGCCGGACCUGCCAUCGUGCUCUGCUUCCUUGUUGCUGCUCUUUCCUCCGUGCUGGCAGGCCUAUGCUACGCCGAGUUCGGCGCCCGCGUGCCUAAGACGGGCUCUGCCUACCUGUACAGCUACGUCACUGUGGGCGAGAUCUGGGCCUUCAUCACAGGAUGGAACCUUAUCCUGUCCUAUGUCAUCGGUACAGCCAGUGUAGCUCGAGCAUGGAGCUCCACCUUUGACAGCUUGCUGGAGCAAAAGAUCUCAAAUUUCUUCAAGGCCUCCAUGUCUAUCAACCUCCCUGGGAAGGUUCUGGCUCAGUACCCAGAUCUGUUUGCCCUCACCUUGGUGUUGUUACUCACUGCACUGCUGGCAAUCGGUGUGAGUGAAUCUGCUCUGGUGAACAAGAUCUUCACGGUGGUCAACCUGGUGGUGUUAGGCUUUGUCAUCAUCUCGGGUUUCGUCAAAGGAGACCUCAACAAUUGGAACCUCACCUUGGAGGAUUUUUUGAACAUGACCAACAUCACCACACCAGAGUCCAUAGAGAAGUCUUUCGGGAGGGGCGGCUUUGCUCCGUUCGGCUUCACCGGGAUUUUGUCUGGUGCUGCUACCUGCUUCUAUGCUUUUGUGGGCUUUGACUGCAUAGCCACGACAAGUGAGGAGGCCAAGAACCCCAUGCGCUCCAUCCCCAUUGGCAUCGUGGCUUCGCUGCUCAUCUGCUUCUUCGCCUACUUUGGAGUGUCUGCUGCGCUCACUCUCAUGAUGCCCUACUACAUUCUGAACACACAGAGCCCUCUGCCCGAGGCCUUCAGCCAUGUGGGUUGGGCCCCAGCUCGCUAUAUUGUGGCUGUGGGCUCGCUCUGUGCCCUCUCCACCAGCCUCCUGGGUUCCAUGUUUCCCAUGCCCCGUGUCAUCUAUGCUAUGGCGGAGGACGGCCUUCUCUUCCGCUUCCUGUCCCGUAUGAACACGAGGACAAAGACCCCCUUUCAGGCCACCAUUGUAUCUGGCUUGGUGGCAGCUUUGAUGGCCUUCCUGUUUGACCUGGCUGCGUUGGUGGACCUGAUGUCCAUUGGGACCCUGCUUGCCUAUUCCCUAGUAGCCGUUUGUGUGCUAAUCCUCAGGUACCAGCCCGGCAGCUUGAGUUCUGCCAGCCAGAGCGAGAAGCUGAUGGAGAUGGUCGAGGAUGAGAAAGUGGCCGUGACGGCCAUAGACGACUACAGCCCUGAUUUGGCGCAUCGACCACUGAAGGACAGGUUUUCCGUGCGCCUCCUGCUCAUGCCUAGCUGCGACUUUCCCACCAACGUCUCGGGAGCCAUUGUCUAUGGAGCCACAGCUGUCAUCUCGACCCUGUUCACCCUGCUCUGUGUGGUGCUGGCCCUAUGUGGAGAAGAGGUGGUGAAAUGCAACCCAUUGUGGGUUAGCGUGUGCACAGUGCUGGCUCUGCUGUCUGCCGUGUGCGUCGUCAUCAUCUGGAGGCAACCCGAGAGCAAGGAGGCACUCACCUUCAAGGUUCCGCUGCUGCCCCUGUUGCCCCUGGUGAGCAUCUUUGUGAACAUUUACCUUAUGAUGCAGCUGGACAUGGCUACUUGGUGUCGCUUUGCUGUGUGGAUGGCCAUCGGGUUCUUGAUCUAUUUUGCCUACGGGAUUCGAAACAGCACCGAAGCCAUGAACACCUCUUCCCGAAAGUACAAGUCGGCUCCCAGGACAAAGACGCCCAUCUAUCGAGGCGUAAAUGACAGUGAUGUGGACGGCAUGACCCCCUGAGAAGGAGAGUCGCCGAAUCCUCCUCUCGAUCAGACGUAUUAUGUGUCCUGCUACUCAAGUGAUCAGUAGUUCCUCGUAUCAUCUUUCUCUUGUGUGCUUGUCUUAUGGGUCCGCCACAUAGUAGUAAAGUUGCGCGCUCAGUGACUGAUUUGACAACAUGUUUGUGGUUCUAAUUUCGACAAAACAAAGAAAUGCCAAAGUCCGUUGUAGACGGUACUGUUGCGCUGAUGCUUGACUGUGAUUACGUGGGCUGUCCCUGACCACAGAACCCUGCGUGAAGUCGGUCAGCAGCUUAGGUUCCAGCGCACACUGGUACUGUGUUUUUGUGUACUGUGCUCAGCCAUACGUUACCAGGGGGUGCUGUGUGUGCGCCUCCAGAGUUACACGUUUUGGAGCUGGUUGCCCUUGAAUGUGUGUAUCCUUGAGAUCAUGACAAUCUCACAUGCAGUUAAAACUGAUUUCAGAUUUUUGUAGGGGGGUCUUAAUGGAAGAGUAAUUGAUUACUUUUAUAACAGUAUGAUGCUUUAUGGGCAAUGUACAGAUUUUUAGUGGUGCGUGCAUGUAAAUAUUUGCGUGUGUGAUCGCAUUUGCGCUUUGUGUGCAGGUUACGGGUCGUCUAUCCGUUACGCUUUUGUUUGUAGAUGGAGAGUUCUGAAGUUACAGAGAGAACUGGCUAUUUAUUUUUGUCCCUAAAUGUAGUAUCUUAUUGAAACUGAGUUUGUGGCACUUGCUCUAGUGUUCUUUUAACAUUUCCCUCCCUUCAUGACAGCACGAGCUGUAGAUGAACUGCUGUGUGUGUCUAAUAUAUAAUGUGUGUGUGUGUAUGUAUA